GGGAGAUGAUUUUGAGCAUCAUUUUGACCAACUUUUAUUUUUUGAAAAUUUCGCCCAUUUCUAUUGAAUAAUUGCUUUUGAAAUUUUGCUGCGCAUUUUACAUAAUAGUUAAAUUUUUUGACAUUUUUUUCUUCCUUUUCUACAAAUUCUCUUUUUUUGCUUCCGCUCAUUCAUCUGUCAAAUUGCUUUUUGCAAUAAAAAAGAGGAAAAAUAUUUAAAUGACAACCCCGUGCUCGUUGCUUUGUUUAUUGGCAAUAUCUUUGGAUUUUAGGCCUUCUCCAGACAUUCAGAAGUGCUCCUACUGUGUUCAAAUACGUGGGUUAACUCAAAGUUGUUCGCAAGACCCUCGGGAUUGUGCUGAAUGGGAACCAGAUUCAUUAAUUUAUUGUUUAAGUCGUGACGAGCAGUAUUGGGGAAGGGAGGCUUUGUUGAAAAGAUCCACCCGUUGCAUUUCCCAUUCAAAUUUAUUAAACAACCAAACUUUGAUUUCCGAAUUGGCACAAAUCCCACAGGAUACUCAAUAUCGAUGUACAUUUGAUAGGGCACAGGAAUGCAAAUGUCCGGAUUGUAUUUAUGAAAGGAAACAGCCAACAAUUUUUGAAGAAAUUGAGAGGGGUAAGAAAAGAUUUAUGGGGGGAUUUGGUGAGAUGUAUAGUCAAACCUCGAUUUUACGUACUUUCAAUUUAAGGUACUUUUAAAAUUUGGCUGCCCACUGGGACUGGGAAGCUGACCCAAGCGAUACUCUCCACUUAUUGUAACCCUCAUUAGAAGCGACUCUCUCUUUCAUAUACCUCUCAUUAUAAACGAUACCCUCCAUAUAAGAUACCACUCAUUAUAAGAUAAAAAUUUUUCACCCUCCAAGAAUAAUUUAAAAAAUUAAAAAUCUUUUCAGCAGACAACCAUCAGGAUUCAAAUAAAGAAGACUUGGGCAAAAAUCUUCAAGAUAUUACCCAAAAAGUUAAUAAAUUAAUUAAUGAAGAGGACAAAACUUUUACAAAAAUAUCUACACAAAAAUUAAAAAGAAAUAAACAAAAACACGCAACUAGAAUAG